UACAAAAUGCCGCCAUUAUUUCGGGACUCGACUUCAUGUAAUCUAUUACCGGAUAAUACUAGAGAAAAAUGUUGCGAAUCGUGCGAUAAUAAUACAACUACCGAUCCCGACAACAACACCGACACCACCACCAUUGCCCCCAUAAGCCGAGUCAAAUGUGUAUUGGUUGGGGACGGGGCUAUUGGCAAGACCUCUCUCAUUGUCAGCUAUACUACCAAUGGAUAUCCCGCUGAGUACGUGCCCACAGCUUUUGACAACUACUCAGUGGUGGUUACCAUAGAUAACAAGCCAUGUCAGCUACAAUUAUGCGAUACAGCGGGACAGGACGACUUCGACACAUUGAGACCCCUGUGCUAUCCGCAGACCAAUGUUUUCCUCCUAUGYUUCAGUGUGGUCUGUCCGACCAGUUUUCAUAAUAUACAAGAAAAAUGGUUACCCGAAAUCAAACGCUACGGCAAUAGUAAGCCACCCGUAAUACUGGUCGGUACUCAAUGCGAUCUACGGCACGACGUCAAAGUGCUUAUAGAGCUGGCCCAGGCCAGGGAACAGCCGGUUAGCGGUGAAAUGGCCCAGAGAUUGGCCAACAAAAUCGGUGCCGUCAAGUAUAUCGAGUGCUCGGCUCUGACACAGAAAAACUUAAAGGAUGUUUUUGACACAUCAAUACUGGCGGGCAUUGAAUACGAGCAACAAUUGCGACAAAAAAAGUCAAAACAACAGUCAAUGACAACGAAGAGCCCAUCAAUUCUGGUCAGUUGGGGAAAGGCUAAGAGCUUGAAGUGGCUAAAAGUUGGCGGAAGUAGUGGUGGUGAUAGUGAUGAUGACCAUCACCUGACCAUCAAUGGCUGUCCUAAUCAUGAUCAUCAUCAUCAUCCACGCCAUAAUCAUCACAAUCAUCAUCAUCAGUGUCACAGUAGUAGUAGUCAUACAGAUAGCGGUAGUACCUGUUGUUCGCUAUCGUCGACAACAAACUCCAGUAGCUAUAGUAGUAGCGAUCAAUCGUUGCCACCGAAACCCUAUUCAGAUAUGGAUGACAUCGAGACAACAAGUGGUGGUGAUGUACACAAUAAUGAUAUCAACUAUCAUCAUCAUCAGCAGCACCAUCAGCACCCGUCACUUAUUCAUAGACAACAGGGACAGCCGUUUUAUGGCCAACAUUCCAAUGUUAUGAUAGAUAUAUCUAAUAAUAAAAGUCGGCUACGAAAGGGUUGGCGCAGAUUUUGUUGCGGUCUCUGAGUUAGUUAGUGAUGGAUAGACAGAUAGAUAGAUAGUUAGAUAUUAAUAGAUAGAUAAUGAUGUGAUCAGUCAUCACCACAUAAUAAC